ACCGUAGAGGAAGACUGCUAGCUUGUGUCAGCCUCAGCACCGUUGGGCACGUCUCCCCCCCUCCAUCCUUGGCAUCCACUGCGGAACAUCGACCAUCGGCCUGUCUUCCUGCCGUCGCCUUCUUCAGCAGCAGCAGCACACCAGCCAGGCCGCCAUGGAUAACUCCGGCAAAGAGAAGGAGGCCAUGCAGCUGAUGGCUGAAGCAGACAAGAAGGUCAAAGCGUCUGGAUCGUUCCUGGGUGGAAUGUUCGGUGGAAACCACAAAGUGGAGGACGCCUGUGAGAUGUACGCCAGAGCAGCCAACAUGUUCAAGAUGGCCAAGAACUGGAGCGCUGCUGGCAAUGCGUUCUGCCAGGCGGCCCGGCUCCACAUGCAGCUUCAGAACAAACUGGACUCUGCCACCAGCUUCGUGGAUGCGGGCAACGCUUACAAGAAGGCCGACCCACAGGAGGCCAUCAACUGUCUAAAUCAGGCCAUCGAUAUCUACACUGAUAUGGGUCGCUUCACCAUCGCGGCCAAGCACCACAUCACCAUCGCGGAAGUUUACGAGUCAGAGCUGGUGGACAUCGAGAAGGCCAUCGCACACUACGAGCAGGCGGCAGACUACUACAAAGGAGAGGAAUCAAACAGCUCGGCCAAUAAGUGUCUCCUGAAGGUGGGGCAUUACAGCGCUCAGUUGGAGCAGUACCAGAAAGCCAUCGAGAUCUACGAGCAGGUCGCUAUGAGCACCAUGGACAAUCCUCUGUUGAAGUACAACGCUAAGGAGUACUUCUUCAAGGCUUCGUUGUGUCACUUCAUCGUGGACGAGCUCAAUGCCAAGUUGGCCAUUGAGAAGUACGAGGAGAUGUUUCCUGCGUUCUCAGACUCAAGAGAGCUGAAACUGUUAAAGAAACUUCUGGAGGCCCACGAGGAGCAGAACAGCGAGGCGUUCACCGAGGCCGUCAAGGAGUUUGACUCGGUGUCCCGCCUGGACCAGUGGCUCACCACCAUGCUGCUCCGCAUCAAGAAGACCAUCCAAGGAGACGCCGGUGACCUGAAAUAGAGUAGGAGGGAGGGUCCACGGGAGGGAGGGUGGAAGGUAUUUUGGGGUAAAAGACAAGACUGAUGGAGGUUAAACUUGUACAUAUCAGUCUGCAUGUGACCCCCGCCCCCCUCCCCAUCACCCCCAACAAGCUAAGCACCACCUUUAGAGCACCCAGUGUGUUCCUGCUGACAGUAUUGUAACUUUCAUCCACACCAGUAUGAACGAACGAGUGUACGUAUGUGUGUUAAAUAAUUUGAUGGAAAAGUGAACAGAUUGUAAGGAAUAUGUAUUUAUUGUCCAUACGGAAACUAUUUAUUGGUUAUUCUGGUGCUCGGUGUCACGCUUGGUCUUAAUGUUUUAGCUCUCAUCACCUUCCUCCACCACCACUUUGGGUUGGCUGCAUCGAGCCGGCGUGAGUGUGUGCAGCUCGCCUUCAAGCGACCGUCUCGGGCCUCGUUUGUGCAUGUCUGUGCUCAUGUUGAUGUUGUUGUAUUCUGUGUUGUCAUGCUAAUGUGUGCAAAAACACACCCGUACUUUGGUAUUGUUUGUGUGCAACUGAUAAAAACGUACCUUGAAAUAAUAAAUACCCUGUCAUGCAAAA